UACAUGCUUCCAUUCGUAAAUAGAUUUGCAACUAAUCAUAAAUGAAAAUAUGCAAUUUUUAUUAAAAAAUUACUCCUUGAAACUCCACAUGGAUUGCAAAGCGUCCAAAAAGCCAACUGAAAGCUGACAGCUGUGCCUUAAUAACAAACAUGUAAAAAAGUAUUUUGGUGUGGAACAUUGGAUAUUGCUUUCCCCAUUCAUCUUUGGCAAAUACAUUCAAGCGGCAACUACACACAAACAUCAUUAAAUGCGUGUACAGACAAAAAUUAAAAUUGAUAAGUUAAAGAACCAUGAUAAAGUUCUAGCCAAAGCUUCUCUAAUUAGCGGUGACAGUAAGGGCGUCGAAAACAACUGCCUGCUCUGUUUAAAAAAAUUAACGAUAAAACUUAUUUUUGAGUGAUAAAACAGCAGAAGAUAGCCGACGAAGUUUGUAAUUACAAAAAUCGCUACAUUCAUUUUUGAAAGUGGAAACACCAUACGACGAAGGUAGAAGGAAACCUGUUAAUUGUACACGACCUUCACUGCAUGACCCUGCGCAAGCAAUUGGAUGAAAUGUGAAAAAAAUUGCGUGCAAAUCAUAGCCAGUUGACAUAUACACAUCGCAACGAAAACUAUUUUUUUUUUUUGGAAUUCUUACUGUUUGUUGUGAUACUUCAUCUUCACUGUGCGUGUGUGUGGGCGGUGCAAUAUAAUGGAGCUGGUGGGCAAUAUCAAAAAUUAUGAAUGGGGAAAGCUGGGGCAAUCGUCGGAGGUGGCAAAAUUGGCCAAAGCCAAUAAUGGAAAGUUUUCGGUCAAUGAGGAAGCUCCCUAUGCUGAGCUGUGGAUGGGCACCCAUUGCAGCGGACCUUCGUUGCUGAAAUCAAGUGGUACUGAAUUGGGGCAGGUGUAUGAUGAACCUUUGCCCUUUCUGCUUAAAGUUUUGAGCAUACGCAAGGCACUAAGUUUACAAGUGCAUCCAAAUAAGGAUGAAGCAAAACAUUUACACAAAGAGCGCCCUGACAUUUACAAAGAUCCAAAUCACAAGCCUGAAUUGGCAAUAGCUCUGACACCAUUUAAAGCCUUAUGUGGCUUUCGGCCUUAUGAGGAAAUCCACCAAUUUUGCCAAGAAUUACCACCUCUUAAGGAAUUAUUAGGCGGCGAUGCUGUGAUCAAAAAACUGAGUAACGGAGCUGCUGGAGAUUUGAAAAAAUGCUAUCAAGCCUUGAUGUCAGCUGAACCGGCUGCAGUUUCAGCAUGCAUUGAUAAAAUAGCAGAGGAAUAUAUGGAGGUUUUGGAAAAAUUCAAUCUUAGUGAUACUUUUACAACCAUUAAUGCUGAUUUUCCGGAUGAUGUUGGUGUCCUAUCGUUGUUCUUCAUUAACCUGAUCCAUCUUCAACCAGGAGAAUCCAUAUAUUUGGGAGCAAAUGAAAUACAUGCAUAUCUAUCGGGUGAUUGCAUCGAAUGCAUGGCUUGUUCGGAUAAUGUUAUACGCGCUGGUCUAACACCCAAGUACAAGGAUGUUCAACAAUUGUUAACAUCUCUAAACUAUAACGGCUCGCCGGCUGCAACUCGUCUAUUCCAACCAAAAGUCAUAGAUGCCAAUGCAAAAGUCUUUGCACCACCUGUCAAAGACUUCGCUGUUGUCAAUGUCACAUUGCCGAGUUCGCAAACUACAACAUAUUCCCUAGAACUUCCACAAGGCCCAGGUAUUUUAUUAGUUUCACAAGGUUCUCGAAAGUUGCUUCUAAAAGAACAUUCCGAAUUAGUAUUAAAGUCUGGCUCUAUUAUCUUUAUUCCUCCCGAAUGCAUGGGGAAUAUAGAAUUUUCUUGCAUAGAUGGAGCUAGCGAUGAUUUCACUGCCUAUCUGGCAACAGAAAAUACGUUUUGAUUUAAACGAACUGUUGGCAAGUUUAUCAAUACUUACUUAUUACUCGGGGAAAACUAUUCACAUUUUUUGUUUUUGUUGUAAUAUAAUCGACCAAAUAUGGCAAAUUCUGUUUAGAACAUUUUAGAGAAUCUUUACCAAAAUUAUUUACAGACAUUGCGUGUACUGUUAUGGCUUUAAUAGAUAUUUAAAAAUUAAUUUAAACAACUAGAGAACACAAAA